CAAUGUAUUACGCAGAAUGGAAGCAAGUGACAUUUGACAAGCUGUUAGUGGUGAAAGAUAAAUUUGAUGAAAUGUGUUCGUGUACGUUGAUAGUAGUAGUAAAUCAGGAAGCGACGUGUCUGCGUGAAGUGAUUUAGUUAUAAUAACUAUUCCAAUUAUAUUAUUUUGUGGUUUCAGUACUGUGCGUUCUUCACACGAAGUCCUGAAAGCAAAGUUUCAUAAGAAGAUGGCUGUGUCCACGACAGACAACUCUGCAGUGACGGCAACAUUGCCAGUUACAGUACAGGGAGUCAUCAGUACAACAUUUGGACCAGGAAAUGGAACUUCAGGAGUUGCACAGCCAACUACAGCUUCAGUUUUGUCAGCUAUAACAGGAGCAGCAGUUAUGAGUGUCCAAAAUGAGGCUGCACCUAUCUUUCUGCAGACCAAAGCUGCAAAAGGAAUUGCUGGGGCUUUUGUUUGGGCUGCACUUAUCCUCACAUGCCAUCAGAUAUAUCAACACCUUCGGUGGUAUACCAAUCCUGCUGAACAGAGGUGGAUUGUAAGAAUCCUGUUCAUUGUUCCAAUAUAUGGUUUUUACUCAUGGGUCAGCCUUCUCUUUUUCAACAGUGACAGUUACUACAUAUAUUUCUUCACUGUUAGAGACUGUUACGAAGCAUUUGUAAUUUACAAUUUCUUGAGUCUCUGCUAUGAGUAUCUUGGAGGUGAAGGCAACAUCAUGAGUGAAAUAAGAGGAAAGCCAAUAAGAUCAAGCUGUUUGUAUGGGACAUGCUGUUUGGUGGGCAAGACAUAUACUAUUGGGUUUCUAAGGUUCUGUAAGCAAGCAACAUUACAGUUCUGUCUUGUCAAACCCCUUAUGGCUUUUGUUAUAAUUUUCCUACAGUCUUUUGGCCAUUACCAUGACGGUGACUGGAGUCCUGAUGGUGGUUACUUGUACAUCACGAUCAUUUACAAUUUCUCUGUCAGUCUGGCAUUGUAUGGGCUCUUCCUGUUCUAUUUUGCAACAAAAGAUCUGCUCACUCCCUUUGAACCUGUGUUGAAGUUCUGCACGGUGAAGUCUGUCAUCUUUCUGUCAUUUUGGCAAGGUGUCCUUUUGGCUGUUUUGGAGAAGGCAGAAGUUAUUGAUCCAAUUGUGAACACUAAUGGAUCACAAGCAAGUGCAGGCACAGUCUCUGCAGGAUAUCAAAACUUCCUCAUUUGUAUUGAAAUGUUCUUUGCUGCUGUUGCUCUGCGCUACGCAUUUCCGUACCAAGUAUAUGUACAGGGCUGCAUAACAGAUUCCAGGGGGCGCAGUGUCACUAUGCAGAGCAUCUCUAGCAGUCUCAAGGAAACAAUGAAUCCAAAGGACAUAAUGACAGAUGCAAUUCACAAUUUCCAUCCACAGUAUCAACAGUAUACCCAGUAUAGUUCAGAAGUUGUUUCAAGUCAGCCAUAUGAGAAACUUUGAGCCAGUUUUAUCUGAACUUCACUAAGCAUUCUUUGUGGUCUGCCAACGCCUGCUUCAUGAAGAUCUGCAUGUCACUGCUUGCAUGCAUUUUCUGGACUGUAAACAUAGCAUGGAAAGAAACCUACUUUGUACAAGGCUUUCUGAUUUAUUUUUACCCACUGUGAUUAAUUUCAUUGCUUGUUCUUAACCUUAUGCUAGUAAUAUAUGCUGCUUGUUUGUAAAAAUCUAUCUGCGCUGACCUGUACACAGCAACUCUAUUCAAAGUAUUAUUUUUAUACUCUCUGGGUAGUUUUAAUGUUGUUCUGCAUGUUGAAAGUGUUGUCCAUGGCAUAGUAUUAGUGACCAUAAUAUAGCUGAUUGUUGUUAAAAGAAAUGUAAAACAUUGUCCUUCCCAUAAUCGACAAAUUUAUUAUUCUAACACAAGGGAAUGGAAAGUUUUUUAUUGUACUUUGUGACAUUAUCAUGGGGUUCCUAUUAUUUGAGGUUUUCUUUGUCAGAAAUAUUUAUUUAAAAAACAUGCUAGUAGCAAAUGUGUGGAUUUCAUUCAUACGUCUAUAAAUUUUGUGGAAAAUAGUUACAGUUAACAUCCUUUAAAUUUUUUGUUGUUUUUUGCAUAUCUUUAUUCUUAGUUCCUUUCCCCACCUUUUGUAAACAAAUAUCAAUUUGCCAUAACUGCCAUCACAAACUUUUGUACAAAUUGUCUUUAUUGUAAAAAUAUAUUGUAAAUAUGUUUGUUCAUAUGUAGAUAAUAUUACAAGGAAGAAAGGCACAAAAAAAGAUUAAAGUGGUUACAAUGAAAAUUGUAUUUAGUUGAUGAACAGACUGAGAAGCAGACAUGUCUGAGACCUUUGGAGCAACAUGUUUCUUCUUGGCUCAUUAGCAGAAGAAAAAAGAAAGACGGGUAAAAAGUGUGAAAAUGGCACACGAAAUGCAAUUCUUUCCCACACAUGUGUAUCAAGAGUGACAUAGAGGUAGAGAAUGUUAGAGAAUGUAUUUGCUGUUAACUUGCAUCUGUUUUUUGAGCAAAUAGCAUACUUUUGUAUUUAACACAUA